AUGGAGAAAGGACCCAAGCUACAGCUCAACCUUGAGAGCUGCAUUUCUCCUGAACAGAUUGUGGAUUACCUGUGUCAAGUCGUUAAGGAUGAUGAUCUGGGCCUGUUAAGAUACGGAAGCUUUACACCUAGUAUUUACGACUCGGCCUGGCUUUCCAUGGUCUAUAAGCAAACGGAUGACGGACUUCAGUGGCUCUUCCCGGAGUGUCUCAAUUAUAUUCUGAACCUCCAGGAUGGCAAUGGGACAUGGCCGGCCUAUGUGACUCCAAUUGAUGGAAUCCUAAACACUGCAGCGUCCCUGCUCGCGCUCCUAACCCGAAGGGAGCAUGUGCCAGGCACAGACGAGGAGAAUAACUUGUCUCUGCGGAUUACCCGGGCCAAAUAUGGCCUGGAAGGCCUUCUAAUUGCAUGGGACGUGAAUGCGACUGAUCAGGUUGCAUUCGAAGUUAUCAUCCCUAGCCUUCUUGUUCAGAUCUCACGCUUUAAUAUCACCUUUGACUUCCCUGGCCAAUGCCACCUACAGGAGUUGAAUCGACUUAAGCGAAAAAGAAUCUGCCCCGAGCUAUUGUACGCCAAGAGACAAACAACUCUGCUUCAUUCCUUGGAGGCGCUAGUUGGAGUCGUUGAUUUCGAUCGUGUGGCCCAUCACUGCACGGCUGAGUCAGGCAUCUUGAGCUCACCGGCGUCCACUGCAGCAUAUCUCAUUCAUACAUCCUCAUGGGAUGCCCGCGGGGAGUUCUAUCUUCAACGCGUGGUUAAUGAGGCUGGAGACAAACAUGGGGGUGUGCCUAGCGCGUAUCCAACGGCUAUCUUCGAAAUUUCCUGGGCAAUCUCUACGUUAUUUAUGAGCGUCAAUAGGUCAGGCCUGGGCACCAAGUCGAGCAUGCAGAGGCUUACUCAACUGUUCAAAUCUUUGUUGGCUGGUCAAGACGGGCUAGUCGGAUUCACACCUGGAAUCCUUCCGGAUGCGGACGAUACAGCGAGGGUUCUACUUAUGUUAAACCCUGUUGGAGUUGGGGUUGAUUGCGCGCCUAUGGUGAAAAAGUUCCGGUUAGGAUCUUGCUUCAAGACUUACGAUUUCGAGCGUAACCCGAGCUUCAGUGCAAACUGCAAUGUUUUGUUGGCAUUGAUCUUAUCAAAAACUGCCAAAAGCUACGCCGCAGAGAUUGGGGCUACGAUGGACUACCUCCUUGAUCUUUGGAGAACGGGCGACGUCUCUGACAAAUGGAACGCCUCUCCCUACUACACGUUCAUGCUACUAUCAUCUGCGUUUGUCGAGGCUCUCUGGCAAUAUGACUCUGGCGAAUUGAGACAUGUCGGUACACAUGUGCUUGUGAGAGAGAUAGCCAUGUGUCUCUGCCAAAUCCUCUCCCGAACAUUGUCCCAGCAGAGCGCAAACGGCUCGUGGGAUGAUUCUCUAGAAGUAACAUCGUAUGGCGUUCUGACACUAUCCCAGCUUGAGCGUCUUCCCUUUGGUCUGAGCUUAAGCAAGGAUAUCUUACAAAAGGCCAUAAACCGAGGUCGUGAGUAUAUCAGGAGCCAUCAACAUGACAUUGCGAAGCCACAACGUCACGACUAUGUCUGGAUUGAGAAGUCCUCCUAUGCAUCACAUCUACUACGCAAGGUCUAUUGCGUCGCAGCACUCAACGCGUCUGUCGAACCAAUUGCGUACACUGUGGACCUCGCUCAACUUUUCCAACUGCCCAGCACAGCAGGUAAAUUGAAAUCUCUUCUCCAGGGAACGCCCCUCGUUGACAAGUCAACAAUUGCCUCAUUGGAUCUGGCACUUAUCGAGGCAUCCCUUUGGUCUAUGCAUCUGAAAGAACGCAAGCAUGAAGUUUUCCCUUCCCUUCAGGGGCAAACAGGUCAGGACUGGCAUCUUGAUUUGACCCCAGCUAUCUUCACGGCGUGUAAUGCAAUUGGCGGUACACCACUAUCGCCUGGUGUGCUAUGGGAUAUGAUCCUUCUUUCUACCCUCAUUUAUCAGACUGAUGAAUUAAUGGAAUCUGUUGUCUCACGUCUGCCGGCUGGCACUCUCGAAGUCUUGGAAAAACGACUCAAAUUCGAAUGCUACCCGCACACAGAACCAAAAAUGGUCUGCGAUAUAUCCAACAGCGCGAGAUGCAUGUUUCCCGAGGAUCUAAGAAACAAGACACACAUCAUCGCCAAUGGCGUCUCGGAUCCCUACACUGCCGAGGUCCAAGCAUCACUGGAAUCAUCCUCAUUUUUGAAUAGUAUUGUCGACACCUUACGCAAGUUCAUAAAGCAUGUGCUUCGACACCCCAGGGUUCUCGCAACAUCUACACUGAUUCAGCUUGAGCUUGCAAAUGAGCUCUUUAGCUUCCUCUCCGCUCACAUACACCAUGUCGCCGAUAGCUGCAAACUCCAACAAAAGCAGUGUGUCUCCAACACCACCUACCACAAAUGGGUCUCCUCCACUGCUGCAGACGACACAAGCUGCCCUAUGGCCGCGUUAUUCUUUCUGUGCCUGUCUGGGGAGGAAGGAGCAGUUUGCUUCGAGGAUAGUCCGCAGUCAAGGUACGUCAGUCGAAGUGUGAUCCGGCACUUGGCCACCAUGUGCCGUCAGCAAAAUGACUAUGGAUCGGCCAUCCGCGACACGGACGAAGGAAACCUAAACAGUUUGAAUUUUCCCGAAUUCAGUCCGCCGGCCUCUAUUUCAAGCGAGGAUCCUGAGCCCGUCAGAAAAUAUCCCACCCAAGCUAUGAAAGACCAGCUGCUUGUUAUUGCAAAGGUUGAACGCGCCUAUGUGCACCUCGGGCUGAGGUUGUUAGAGCAACUUGAUACUGUCCCUGAACAGGUAUUAGCAAGCUUCAAGGUUUUUAUUAACGUCACGGAUUUGUUUGGCCAGGUGUACUUGAGGAAGGACCUUUCCAACCGUGUCCAGCCUACUGUGUAG